AGUGGGGAUGUAAAAGGGCUGGAGAUAACCUCACACUUCAAAUUGGGCUCAUAAGGUAACUAUUCAACUGUCUAAUAAAUAUUUAUAUAUGUAAUUAAUUUUUUAGGCAAUGGAAGAGGGACAAAUUAAUAAUUUGUCACUCAAGGAUGACGAAGAAGAUAUUGUCGAUCCAUGGAAUGUAGCUAGUAAAUCUGAAACUGGGAUAGAUUAUGAAAAACUAAUCAAAAGAUUUGGAAGUCAAAAAAUUGAUGAGGCUCUCAUAGAAAGAUUUGAAAAAGUAACUGGAAGAAAAGCUCAUCACCUUUUGAGACGAGGGAUAUUUUUCUCACAUAGGGAUCUACACACAAUAUUGAACCAUUAUGAAUCCGGCAAAAAGUUCUACUUGUAUACUGGUAGAGGCCCUUCCUCAGAAAGCAUGCACAUUGGUCAUAUAAUACCAUUUAUGUUCACAAAAUGGCUGCAAGAUGUAUUUAAAGUUCCACUCGUUAUUCAGCUGACAGAUGAUGAGAAAGCUCUCUGGAGAGACAUUAAAGUGGAAGAUGCCCGUAAAAUGGCAUUUAAUAAUGCAAAAGACAUUAUAGCUGCCGGGUUUGAUCCUGCCAACACUUUUAUAUUUAAUGAUCUUGACUUUAUCGGGAAAUGCCCAGCAUUCUAUCAGAACAUGGUACGGAUACAAAAAUGCGUGACCUUCAACCAGGCUAAAGGAAUUUUUGGGUUCGGAGAAUCCGAUGUCAUAGGAAAAAUCAGUUUUCCGUCCAUAGAGGCUGCCCCCGCUUUCUCCACCUCCUUCCCUUUUAUAUUUGGGGAUAAUGUGUUACCAUGUUUAGUACCGUGCGCAAUCGACCAGGAUCCAUAUUUUCGUAUGACGCGUGAUGUAGCGGCGCGUCUGAAGCUGCCCAAGCCGGCGUUACUUCACGCUUCCUUCCUGCCCGCCCUGCAGGGAGCCCAACAUAAGAUGUCCUCUAGUGAUCCCAACGCUUCUAUCUUCUUGAACGACACACCCAAACAGAUCAAGAAUAAGAUCAACAAAUACGCAUUUUCCGGUGGCCAACCGACUAUAGAGGAACACAGGCAGAAGGGAGGAAAUACACAAGUAGACAUAUCUUACCAAUACUUAAAAUUCUUCCUUGAGGAUGACGAGAGAUUAGCUGAGGUUAAAAAAAUGUACGAGUCUGGCGAACUGCUGACUGGUGAGUUAAAGAGGAUAGCAAUAGAUACCAUCACACCUGUAAUACAACAGUACCAGACGCGUAGAGCUCAAGUCACAGACGAUGUACUACGGCAGUUCUUCGAGCUACGGAAACUAGAAUUUUAAGACGUCGCUUUAGGUCAAUAUUGUACAAGAUUUUGUUCGAUGGAAACUGAUUGGUAUUAUUGAAACUAGUUUUUAUCACUAAGUGAGAAUGUAAUUUAUGUGUGGUGUUUCACUACAAAUGUUUCAGUUAAUUAAAUUUUUUGUUUAUGGGAAUUAGCACCAAACCUUUUUUAUCACAGACUGCUUUUGCUUUUUCGCUAAUAUAAUUUUUAUUCAAGUUACGAACUUAAUUUAAAUUAUUUCCUAAUUUUUAAGUCAGUGAUAACAUAAUGCGGUAUGAUUAUUAGGGAAACAUAUUUAUUGAUAUGUUUUAUUAAAUAGGUAUGGUGAUUAACUGUUUAAGUUAGUUAAAAAUUAACUGUUUAAGUAAGUUACCCUACCUAUUUAAUAAAAUAAAAUGACACAACAUAGUUUCGAUGCUUACUAUUAGUAGUUUAUAGUUUCUAUAUAUCUUAUGGAUACGAAUUUUAAUGAAAAAUAAACACUUAAAUUCUUCAA